CCGACAACCACUCCUAACGCUACACCGCGCUCCCACUGCCAUAUCAGUUGUUUAGGUCUAACAGUUCUGGAGUUUUAUUCUUAUCUGAACUUGUCGCCAAUGCCCAUACAAUCUCCUCGUCCACAGACGCCCCUGUCCUCACGAGUCGCACCUCCCAAGGUCAUCUCUGGAGGCUCCCAUGGACCUCCUCCCCAACUCUCUUCCGAGAUUCUUCUUCGAAUAUUCAAAGCCCUCGGUAUCUUCGACGUUCCUAUCCAUGACACCCAAUUCCUCGACCUCGUCCGUGCGGACGAUUCCGACCUCGCGCUUUCCAUGUCGGUGACUGGAGACGGGCGCAGCGCCUAUCGUCUGAAUGCCUUCCGUACGCUCGCGUGCGUUUGCAAAGGGUGGACAGAGCCGGCUAGGACUGCCUUCUGGAGUGCAGUUGAUGUUUCCCAGGAUGGGAUGGUGGGCUUGUUGAAGGCGAUGGAGGAUUCAGGAUCGAAGUCGAAGGUAGCGGCGAUCAAACAUUUCAGCAUCUCGAUGCACAAGAACCUCAACAAGGCCCAGAAGCAACCAGUCAGUGCGGACGACAUCCGGUUCCUCCUACCCAGUAUCCUCUUCAGACUCCCCCGCCGUCUCCGAUCAUUCCAAGUCUUAUGCUCCGACGAUAACGAUCUCGGUCUCGCCGUAUACGAAACAAUCGUUAGCGCCCACGUUUCUUCCACUGCCCAAUCACCCGCCUCGCUCUGGACCAUCGAUGCUGACAAGGUCGAUAUCCGCGCGCGAGGUCACGGGCACCCGUUGAGACUGUUCCUUCGCCAUUUCACUAACGUUAAGGACCUGACGCUCAGCGCUGGCUGGCGUGACCAUCGUCCUUCCGUCAUCUCUUCUCCUACCCUUUCCCCAACGCUUUCACCAAGACUCCUACCCAAGCUCGACACCGCUUCGGCCACGAACGGUAGUAUACGCGCACCGCCCUUCCUUUCCGCAUUCGACGGCCUUGACCUUCAGAGCCUCUCCAUCAUUCUCGACUGCAGCACGCCCACAAACGUCACAAACGAGCCAGACGCCAUGGAUCUCGACGAGGAAUCGUAUUCAGGCCAUAUCCCUAGCGUCGCCCAACACCUCGCACUCGAGCUCCGUAACUCGGAAGCUUGUGCCAACUUACGUUCCCUCCACAUCACCAUGGACAACUGGCACGAUAACAUCUCCCCCGAGGACAGCGUGCGCGCGUUCUCUCACCUGCUCUCCAUCGGUGGCGAGAGUAGAGUCGGAGUCCAGGAGCUGACACUCGAAACGGAUUGCGACAAGGAAACCUGCCCGAGGAGCGAAGAGUCGUCUCAACGCGUCAAGUCCCUCUGCGAGACGAUAUUCACGCACCCAUUCACGUCAUCUUCAUCGUCCUCCACCUCACCAUACGACGCACCACUUCCACCCAUCAUAACUCCCUACCCCAACCUUACCCACCUUCGCCUUACCGAAUUCGGUCUCUCACCCCUCUCCCUCCCUCUUCUCAUCCACACCCUCGACUGUUCGCCUACCCUUCAAUCCCUGGACCUCACCACUAUCGACGACCGGGAGGACGAAGCUCUGGCUGUGGGGCAUUGUUUGAGACUGGAGAGGUUGAUGCUGAAUUUGAGGGAGGUGAGGGUUCGGUUUGGAAGAGUGCCCAGAGGGAUCGGAGAGGAAACUAGUGAGAGUGAACUGGAUGGUCAGGUCGAAGCUGGCGGGUGGGUAGGGCUGGACUUGAGAGAGUCGUGGGGUGAGGUUGAGAUGGUCGGGGCGACGAGAGGGGGGAUCAAUGUGAAGAUUGUCUGGCCAGAGGAGGCAUGAUUUUCGUGGCUGCUCGAGUCUUUGGGUGCGACGUUUAUUCAGGCUGUUGCCGUGGUGAAUUUGGAUUCGUGUACGAUGGUCUAGGGUAGCGUCUUCGUAGGCUUUGUCGUUUGUUGCUGUAAGUUAUCAACUGCAGAAGAAGUCCUCGAUUGUAUGUACGAUGUCCGAUUUGCUUAAUGCUCGAGAAACGAUGACUAUUAGGACCGUAUUGCAUUUGUAUCUAGUAUUCGAAUAUCAGCCGCUGUAGUUUUCUUCUUU